AAGACAAUAGAACAAUUUCAUAUAUAAUUAACAAAAAUGUGUAAUAUUUUAGUUCUAUAAAGAUACAAAAUACCAAAUUGUGUUCAGUAAAAUUAAGUUAAGUGUUCUAAUCUUUAAUACUUAAGUUAAUUAAUUUAUGAUUACAUUGUCUAUGUUUACAUAUUUUUUAUUUAUUGAUACUUUAAUUGUUAAACAAAACAUGUGUGUAAAUCAGGAGUCGGCAACCUUUUUACCUACUCGGACCAUAAUUUGUUUCAAUUUUUUAUGAAGGGCUGCAUACAAAAUAAAAAUAUUAAAAAAAUAUAAUUUUAACAUAUAAUACUAAUGUACCUACUAAUAUAUUAAUUACAGAUAGCAACAAUCAUAUUAUGUAUUUAACACUGUGGUUAUCCUUAUUAAUUAAUUUUUAAUUAAAUACAUUAGUAGAGAAAAUUUAAGUUUUUGUUACAUAGGUAAUAGUCAUAAUUAAAUUUUACUUAUAAUAAUUUAAGCUAUAUUGAAAUUUUUAACACCAUGAAAUAUAUUUGGAGGGCCGCUGGUUGCUGGUGCCUGGUGUAAAUUAUUACAUUAACAUAGCCAUUUAGGUCAGGAUACAAAAUCAAAUGUUGUUCAUUGUCCAUUUAACACAUCACACACGAUGCCACGAAAAACUCUUGUGUUACAUUUAACCAAAUGCCCUGAUAGGGAUAAAGAUAAAAGUAUAUGUACUUUUAACAGCCUGCAUGUGCUUGAUUCUUCAUUAAUAAGAGAACAUGAAAAAACAUGCCCCAACCGCCUACAGUAUGAUACAACAUUAUACCAAACUACAGCCCCCCUUAAAAUAACUUAUGAAACUCAAGUUAAAGUAGUAGAACCAGUCAAUAAAUCAUCGUCGGAUUUUGAUGAUUGGGAUAUUUCUGUGAAAGAUGACACAACAACAAAUCAGUAUCAAUGUAUGAUGAAACCGCAAUUAGGUUUAACAAAAGCUGAACGUAAAAAAUUUCGAAUUCAGGCGCAAAAACAAUAUGCAAAUAUUGACUUAUCAUACAAUCCCAACUUAAGCAUUCAUGAUAGACAGAGCUCUACAACAUCAAAUGGUGGGAAUACAGCUAAUCAAAGAGAUCAACAAAUUAAGAAGGACGGAUUAUUUUUUGGAAAGAGACCUAACAAUUAAUAUAUUUUUAAAUACAAUUUAUUUCAUGUACACCACUUAAAAAUAAAUUUUUAAUAUUAUAUUUUUAUACAUAUCUAAUUUGUUAAACUGCCAAAAGUGGCAAUUAAAUUUUUUUUAUUAAAUUCAAAAGAAUUUACUUUGA